UUAAUCAUAUCAAAUCAAAUACCAAAUACAAUAUCAUGUCUCUCACAAUCAUGGAGGAGGAAGUGAUUAUAAUCGGGGCUGGCAUCGGCGGCUUGGCAACCGCGGUGGCCUUGAAGAGGGUUGGGGUUAGAGCGGUGGUGCUGGAGAAGGCGGCAGAGCUGAGGGCCAGCGGCGCUGCUCUCGGGCUCUUCCCCAACGCUUGGCUUGCCCUCGAUGCCCUUGGAGUUGCUGAUAAGCUUACCCCACUCUAUGCACACUUGGAGAGUGCAUUUGUCACCGAUGUCAAGACCAAAUCAGUUCAGCAAGUGCCCUACGGUGCCAAUAAAAGGGGUGGACCAAAACUGGUACAUAGAAAGACCCUCUUACAAGCACUGGCCGAUGAACUGGACCCGGAUACGAUCCGCUUCUCUAGAAAGCUCACCUCCAUCGAAUCCCAAGUCAAGGAUGGACACCGGAUUUCGGUUCUUGGACUCGAAGAUGGAACCAUAAUCAGGGCUAAGAUGGUGAUCGGGUGUGAUGGUGUUCACUCGGUGAUUGCAAGGCACUUGAAACUCAGACCGCCAGUCCAUUCGGGCCGGUCCGCGGUUCGUGGUCUAUCUGUGUAUCCGGAAGGCCAUGGGCUGGUCCCCGCUCCUCAGCAAUUUGUCGAUGUGUCUAAGAGGGCCGGUUUUUCCCCCCUCAAUGACAAAGAUGUCUAUUGGUUCUUUAUUUGCAAAUCACCAUCUGAAGAAGAAAACAUUGAAAACGAUCCGGAAGCGAUACUAAGAGAUGUCAUGGAAAACUGGGCAAAGGACUUUCCUCAAUCAUACCUUGAUGUUGUCCAGCACUCAGAUCUCUCAACAUUGUCAUGGGCUCCCCUUAUGUUCCGAUACCCUUGGGAAGUCGUUCUCGGAAACUUGAACACAGAGAACAUCACGGUACUUGGCGAUGCUAUGCACCCGACAACCCCUGACCUCGCCCAAGGCGGCUGCAUGGCCCUUGAGGAUGCUGUUGUUCUGGGCCGCCACAUAGGGAACUCAGUCGGCCCUGAUGGUAAGCUCAAGCCCGAAGACGUACAGCAGGCCCUCGGCAAGUAUGUCGAAGAGAGGAGGUGGCGGGCCGCAUGGAUCAUUGCGGCCUCGUUCCUGUCCGGGUGGGUCCAACAAGAUGGGUCAGAUUGGUGGAGGAAGUUACUUAGGAACGUCUUCUAUAAAACUAUCUUCGCCAAAAUUAUCAGCAUUGCGCACUAUGAUUGCGGAAGACUGCCGAAUAAGAGCGAAACAUCUAAUUAAUGGAUAUAUGGUUAAAUAAAAUAUCGUCGGCUGCUAUAAUCAAUUCACUUUAGUACCACAUGUCGAAUUUAGAUCCUAAAUGUAUUAAUUAAGCAUGUGUGCUAUUUAUUUAUUUAUUUUUGGAGAAGUAUGUGCUAUUUAUUACUUUAUAAUCUGAAUAAAAUGUCCUUAUUUUGGCGAGGAAAA